AUGAGGUCUUUUCCAAUUUCUCAUUGCCUUCUCCUUCUACUUCUUCUCUAUUCAUUCGACGCCUUCACUCAAGACUCCGCCCAUCCGGCAGCCAGUGAGAAUACGGUAGUGAGAGUGAAGAGAGAUCAGAAAGCAACGGGAAAAAACGACGAUGAUGACACAAAAAAGGGCGGAGUCGCAGAUGAUAAAAAUGUAGAUCCGACUCCUCCAACUGAUACAAAAACUGGAAAAGGAGGUAGAAAAGGAAACGGUAAAGGAGAACCAAAAAUGCCAGAUGAUGGGAAACAAGCAACUGGAGGUAGAGGAGGCGGAUUCCGGAUACCAUAUCCAGAAGCACCCAAACCGACGAAAAAUCCGCUACCUGGAAACGCAGGGUCUCAACCAUCUGGAAAUGGAAAAGGAAAACCAAAAGUGCCGGAUGAUGGGAAACAAGCAACUGGAGGUAAAGGGGGCGGAGGCCAGAUACCAGAUCCAAAAGCACCCAAACCGACUAAAAAACCGCUAACCAGAAACGGAGGGCCUCCAUCAGGAGGAAAGGGAUCAGGAGUUCCAACGCAACCACCAGUGAAUGGAAACGGGAACGGAGGGCCUCCACCAGGAGGAAAGGGAUCAGGAGAACCAACCCCAGCACCGAAUGUACAAGUUCCACCAGGAGGCACUGCAGGUCAAACAGAUCCGAAAGAUACAUCACUUGAUACAACUGGAAAUGGAACACAAGGAAACGGAAGUGGUCAAUCAGCAGGAAACGGAAAAGGAUUUCCAACCCAACCACCAGUGAAUGGAAACGGGAACGGAGGGCCUCCACCAGGAGGAAAGGGAUCAGGAGGUCCAAAUGGUCCUCCACCUAAGACUAAUGGAAACGGAAAACAACCUGAUCCAACUCCACCGCCAAAGGGAACCGGAGGCGGGUUGCCUCCACCAGGAGGAUCUCAACCAGGAGUUCCACCUAUGGGCGGAGUCGGCGGAAAAAGCGAAUCAACGACGACGGUGGAGCCUCCUACAGUAUCCUCAACUUUGAAAGAUCCAAAAGUGCCGGAUGAUCCGAAAGAUCCACUCGGAGAGACGACACCGACGACGAUUGCGGCGGCGGCAGAAACUCCCACAACUCUCCCAACAAAAGGAAUACCUGAUGAUGACAAGACGUCAAGUACAGUACCCCCACGAGGUGGCCCACUACCAAAGGCCCCGCCCACUACAGUAUCCUCGAGUACAGUAACCCAGAAACCGGGUGUUGGUGGUCUACCGAACGAUGACGGAACGAAUACUACUGUAGCACCAGAGGCUACAGUAACCUUGCCUACAGUACCCCCAAAAGGUGCUCCACCAAAGGCCCCGCCCACUACAGUAGCCUCAUCCACAGUAACCCAGAAACCGAAAGAUGAGACGACUACUGUAGAAACAGUCGUCCAUUCUGUGAAUACAACAACGGAGCCUACAGUAUCCUCAUCUACAGUACCCCAACCAGGACCAGAAGACAAUGAGACGACUACGGUAGAUCAAGGGAUUCCGAAGGUGACGCUGAGUACGGAGACACCCGGAAAACAGGAACCGACUACUGUGCCGGAUGACAAGGAGACGACGGAGGCGGAGCCUGAGGAGACAACGGAGGCGGAGCCUGAGGAGACAACGGAGGCGGAGCCUGAGGAGACAACGGAGGCGGAGCCUGAGGAGACGACGACAACCGAGGAUCCAGGAGUUCCACCGGGAGGAGUUCCCGGAGCUCCUCAAGCUACCCCCGCUGUUCCACAACCGAAACCAACUCCACCACCACCUAAGGAUAAACCUACCGAGCCACCAAAGACCCCUGAUGCUAGUGCUACUCCAGAACAUUCUGGAAAUGCGUCUGAACCUUUUGGAAAGCCGGAAGCUGCCGCAUUAACUGGAACAACAGAGAAGACUGCUGAGGAGUUGUUGAAGGAGGAAGAAUUCAAAAAGAAGUUGUUCGCCUUCGAGCUCGGCACGUGCUCCGUGUUGAUUGUGGCCAGUGUUGCCGCCUAUGUUGUCUCAUUCCUGGCGUAUGACUAUGCGAAAGGAAUCACCAAAUUGAUUAAACAUCCGAAGAAAUUAAAGAAAAAAUAG